CGAGCAAAGGAUAACGGCUAAAUGGACCUGGACACAUAUCCUGACCAAUAGGUAUUAAAUUAGCAGCUUGGAGAAUAGAUUCGAAUUAUCAAGCAUCCCCAAAUCUUCCCUCACGUAAACCUCUGCGAAUUCCAAAACAACAUCAUUACGAGACCGGACUAAGAAAAGAAAAAAAAAAAUCGGCAUAAACAUACAACAUGCGUGGACACGUUGCUCUCUAUCUACUACCCCUCGCGGGACAAGCCCUAGCCGCCCCCUCCCACGUCCGUCGAGCCUCCUGCAGCGAACUCUCGACAACAACGCCGAACUGGAAGCUCACGAACGCGGCGUCGUCGGACUGGCCGGGCGGGCAGAGCGGGCGGGUCGAGCUCUUCGCGCGGCACGUGCCGACGGACACGUUGGCGGCUUGCGACGUGGAGUACCGUCUGAGCGCGGACGGCAAGGUCGUCGACUACGACCCGGCGUCGACCCACGCGUGCCUGAACUUCGGGGCGAGCGCGCUGAACACAACCGUCCGGCUCGACAUGGAGACGCUCGUGCUGGCCGUCCGGAGCACCUGGACGUGCGAGGAGGGCGCCACGGCGUACUCGGCGUCCGGGUCCGCUGCUUUGGAGAGGAACACGUCUCCCGGGGCGUGCCUGGUCGAGCCUUCCCAGGUCGGCGACUCUACGACGUGUCCGAUAGCGGACGUGGAGAUUGAAGGGAAACUCGAUGAAGCGUGAGGUGGGAAAGAGGUCUUGGAUGGGAAAGCUGCGCUGAGGAGUGUUUGUGUAUGGAUUCAGGCGUUCUUCGGAUGAAGAUACUCCAGGAGAAGAUUCUGGGGUGUUGUCCGACACUUGCCGGAGGAUCUGAUUGUGCGAUGUACUUAACCAAUCAAAGGAAUGCCUAUUGCCUAUUGCACUCUUCUAGCUUCGGUGGUUGUUGCUAUUAUGGUGAAUUCCCAAGAGCGUGAAAGGGCUUGCGUGAUAAUGAGAUGCAACGACUAGUGAUCUGCCUAUUUAAGUCUACACGUUUAAUU